AUGAUUUACCUGGCCCAUACAGCUCACUGGCAGUUCUUGGGCCUGGUGGUGGGAUUUGUGGCAUGGAUCCUGAUGAUGGUCACGGCUGGUCUUAACGAGUGGAGGCUGUGGUACGUGGCCGAUGUGUCAGUCAUCACCUCCGGUGUGGCCUGGGUGGGUAUCUGGAGGGCGUGUUUCUACAGUCACACGCUCCCCAAGCUGGAGUUCUGUCAUUCCAUUGACAUUACGGAUGCAUUUGUUCCAGUGGAGAUCGCCGUGGCCCAGGUGUUGAUGGCUUUGGCGCUGAUCUGUGGCCUGGCAGGGAAUUUGAGUGCUGCAUUUGCCAUAAGGAUGGUCUACUUUACAAUGGACAGGCGAGAAGAUCACAUCAGACUGGUCUUUUCAGUUGCCGGAGGCCUCUACAUGCUCACAGGGGUGUGCUGCCUGGUGCCAUUGUUUUGGAAUACGAACUCUGUGCUGACCAACGGCACGAUAGUCUUCCCUCCAGAUUUCUUCUUCCCUGCAGCGCCUGUGAGACAGGAGGUGGGAUCAGCCAUCGGGGUGGGAAUAUUUGCUUCUGCUCUCAUCAUCGUCUCUGGGCUGCUUUUCCUGUGCUACAGGUACGCCAGACAGGCCCUGGGCCCCUGGGAGGAGCCAGUCAGAGGUGACAGAGAUGCUCUCCAUGGUUCUUGGACAGUAACAACCUUGUCACAAAACGGCAGCAACAAUUAUUUCACAGGCAAAGAUAAUCCUGUGUACUGUUCUUAGGAGGUGUGAUGGCAAAGCACAGCCCAGAAAACGCUCGACUGUCUUGAAAUACAAGAAAACACUUGGUUUUGUUCUCUUGAUCAGGGGUAUGAUCAAUUGGAAAACAGAGCAGAGAACAAAGUGCCAAUUAAGGUGGAAAAAAAUUGAUCUUAAUAUUGGAGUAAAUCGCUCUUACAGCCCUUGACUCCUUGAAUUUGUGGUACAGAAGAAUAACUCCUAUUUCCAGAUAGGAGAGAGAACAGUUAGUACCACAAUCUCAACUGGGACAUCAUAGUGUGGUAGUGGUUGCCUCUGUGCUGUUAAACACUGGGAGAAAGUACCUCAUGUCCAGAAAUACUUAUAAAACUGGAUUUGAAAUGCCAAUACCUUUGAUAACUGAGUGACAUUCCCAUUUAAACACGCGCACAAAAUUUGAUACUCCAACACUGAAGGCCCCUACAG